CUCUCCUCGUCUUCCACCUCCCUCUUCUUAGAUGAGAUUCUAGGUCGCCGCCCUCCGCCCUCCGCCCAACCAUUUGCGGUUCGGGAUAGAAGCAGAUCUCGCAGCUCCGCCUUUUUAUUUGCUCAAACUUAAGCAAUGGCUGAAUUGCUUCAAGUUUAUAUUGCUUUUUCUUUUUUCUUCCAUGAAUUUGAUUUUGAAUGGACUAUUGUGAUGCUUGACAUUUUUCGUUCCCGAAUCUACAUUUUUGUUUUGCUUUGUUUUUAUUUGUUUUUGGUAUUUUUUCAAUUCUUUAUGUUUUCACAGCGAGAGUGAAUAUGAAUUUCAACAACGUUAAGGUUCCGAAAGUUCCCGGUGGUGGUGCAGUUUCUGCUUUGCUUAAGGUUGGCAUAAUUGGUGGGCUUGGCUUGUAUGGAGCUGCCAACAGUCUGUACAAUGUCGAGGGAGGGCAUCGAGCCAUUGUGUUCAACCGGAUAAUCGGUGUCAAGGACAAGGUCUAUCCAGAGGGUACACACCUUAUCAUUCCAUGGUUUGAGAGGCCAGUCAUUUAUGAUGUCCGUGCACGACCUCAUCUAGUGGAGAGCACUUCUGGGAGCCGUGAUCUCCAAAUGGUGAAAAUUGGGCUUCGAGUACUUACUCGACCUCUACCAGACCAACUGCCUACAGUUUAUAGGACUCUUGGUGAGAAUUACAAUGAGAGAGUCCUUCCUUCCAUUGUUCAUGAAACUUUGAAAGCUGUUGUUGCACAGUAUAAUGCUAGUCAGCUCAUUACUCAGAGAGAGACUGUUAGUAGGGAAAUACGGAAGAUUUUGACUGAAAGGGCUGCCAAUUUCAACAUUGCGCUGGAUGAUGUCUCAAUUACCACUCUCACUUUUGGGAAGGAGUUCACGGCUGCAAUUGAGGCCAAACAAGUGGCUGCACAGGAAGCCGAGAGAGCUAAGUUUGUUGUGGACAAGGCUGAACAAGACAAGAAGAGUGCUAUCAUCAGAGCAGAGGGAGAGGCGACUAGUGCCAAGCUGAUUGGUGAAGCUAUUGCAAACAAUCCGGCAUUUAUAACACUGAGGAAGAUUGAGGCUGCAAGAGAGAUUGCACAUACAAUCUCAAAUUCCGCAAACAAAGUUUUCUUGAACUCAGACGAUCUGUUGUUGAACCUUCAGGAGAUGAAUUUGGAUAUCAACAAGAAGUAGACACUGCAGGUUGGACUUGUAAUAAUUUUGUUUCAGAUUUGUCAAAUUGUGAAAAUAUUUCGUUGAAGAGUUGAUCAAUGGGACCUUAGAGUGCACUUGAGUCUUUUGAUGCACCGCUAGUUGGCAUGGCAAUUGCUGUUCGUGAAGAGCAAAUUCUCAACACUCAAAUGGAACUUUUCUGAUGCGGUUACUUCUAUGUGUUUCACAUGUUAUAAUAUCAGAUGUCCAUAUUGCCCUGCCCUCUA